AUGGCGAAAAUUAUAACAACAAUUAAAGCAAUUUUAACUCGAAUUAUAUUUAGUGCUCAUAGUUUAAUUGCAAUAUGGCAAGUAACACAAAAUAAAAAUGAACCAAUUUGGUGGUGUUUAUGCGGUCCAAUUGGUUUAUUAGCAAUUGAAGGAGUUUUUACAUUAGCUAUAAAAAAGAAUCAAGAAUGGAGAUGGUUUUGUCCAUCAGUAUUUCUUUAUUUGGGGAGUGUUGUACCAGCAAUAUGGUUAUUAGAAUUAGAUAAAGUUGAAAGACGUUUACGUAAUGAAGAAGUUAAAAAUAUAGAUAUUCAAGCAAAUUUUAAACAAUUUGGUAAUUUAUUACCACCAAAUUUAACAAAAUUAGCUGUUGAUGCUGAAACAUGGACAACAUUAAUUGAACAAUUUUUAAUGUUAAUAUUAAUUGUUGGACGUUGGUUAUUACCAAAAGGUGAUUUAACUAGAGAUCAAUUAUCACAAUUACUUCUAGUUUAUAUUGGGACCGCUGCUGAUAUAAUAGAAUUUUUUGAUUCAUACAAAGAUAAUGAAAUUGCCAAAAAACAAUUAUUAGUAUUUUUAACACUUGGUAUAUGGUCAUGGAGUUUAUUACAAUUUACAAUUGUAUUAUCAGCAACUAGAUCAAGAAAACCAAGAGGUGGUGGAUCUUUAGGUGCAGAUGAACCAACUGAUUGUUGCGGUGACUGUUGUUGUGGAAUUGAUGUUUGGGGUAUUGCUUUAAAUGUUAUUUUACAAGAUGCACCAUUUUUAGCAUUCCGUCUUCUAAUUAUUGUACAUUAUCGUUUAAUUAAUUAUAUGAAUGUAUUUUUUACAUGUAAAAAUUCAUUGGUCAUAUUAUUACAAUUAUAUCGUCUAUAUGUUGUCUAUUCAGAAUAUUGGAAAGCUAGAAGACAAAAAAAUAGUAGUAGUAAUAAGAAAACUAUUCGGGAUGAUAGUGAUGAUGAAUUUGAACGUAAAGGAAAAUCUAAGAAAGAUAAAUAUAAAAAGCAUAAUCGUAAAGAUACCGGUUAUAGUACAGCAAGUUCACAAAAUUUACAUUCAAUAAAAUUAAAAGAUGAAAAACAAAAACGUAAAAAAGAUAAAAGAUUAAAAAAAUUGGAUAUUGCAAGCUCAAAUUCGGAUAGUGAAAGUGAACCCGUUGUUGUUGUUAAAAAGAAAGGAAAACAAUCGAAAAAGGAUGAUGACAGACGAUAUACAUCGAAAAAGGAUAAACAUUUUGAUGCUGUUAUGGAAGAAUCCAAUACAACAACAGAAUCUUCAUCAUCUUUAAAAUAUGAAGUAAUUAAUGAAAAGAAAAAAAAGAAGAAGAAAAAAGUUUCAUCGACGAGUAGCAGUUCUUCGUCUUCAAGCUCUUCUUAA